GUCAGCGGUUAUAUUGGUCGCAACAUCCUUUUUGAUACCAUAUGAAGUAUUUGUUAACGACCAUUUCCACGGUCCAGUUAGCAGCGGUAACACAGAAGCAUUGGUAAUUGUUAUAACGUAUGUUGUUCUUGUAUUUUUGACAUCGCUACUUUUUAUUUCCGACGUGUUGAUUGUCUCCAUAUUCAUGACAGCGAAGUUGAAAGAAGGAUUCCUUGUCAAAAAGGGUCAUGUACGCACCAACUGGAGAACACGCUGGUUCGUUUUAUCGGCGAAUGAGCUACAAUAUUUUAAAAAGAAGGAAGAUGACGUUGCAGCCGGUAUUGUGUCCUUAAGGGGAUGUUCAGUGAUUUCACCGGUUCCUCAAUACACAAAGAAAACAGAUGUUUUUCAAAUUUCAUCGAAGUCAGGCCAAGAUCUUCUCAUCCAAGCUUCAGGAGAUAAAGAAAGAGAAGAAUGGGUAACUGCAAUAAGUGAUGCUAUUCGAGCAAUUGAUAGUGUUGCAAACGGGGAACAAACAGGCAGUGAAUCACUGAAAAACAAUGAUCUUAUAACUGCCAUGCAGGAUCCAGGAGGCGGCAUCACUCUUGAAACGCAUGUUAUUGACGGAAAGAAGUAUCAUCAUUGUUUUACAGGACAGGACGUCGUUGACUGGCUUUUAGAAUGGUCAUUUGUAUCGAAUAGGACAGACGGUGUCCAACAAUGCAACGAAUUACUCAAACAGGCUCACCUCCAGACACUAGAAAGCGGUAACAGAUUACAAGACUUGAGCACAUUUUAUGAUGAUCCAAACACCCUCUACCGAUUUUCGGCCUUCAUAAUGAGCGACAUUAAAGACCUAUUAAGCAUUAGCAGUGAUGAAUCUGAAUCAGAUGACGAAAACGAAAUGAAAAAAGUCAAGCAAAAAGUUGAGUUGCCUGCAAAAUUACUAAAUGGACCUCCAGGAGGCAAGUUAAUAAAACAAGGCUUUUUAAUGAAAAGGGGCCACGUACGCCGGACAUGGAAAGCUAGGUUGUUCUUAUUAUGGGAUAAACCCCAACUAUUACAAUAUUACAGAGGGUCAAAGAUUAAUGAAGAGAAACCACUCGGUGAAGUAAAUAUUAACUACUGUUCUGUUGAAAUUAUCCAUGCCGAUUCAUCAGAUUCCAAAGUCAAAAACAAGACUCGCUCCAACUUGUUCAGUGUGAAAACACAGAAGGGUAGACUAUACAUCUUUCAGGCUUCUAGUCCAGAAGAAAGGGAGUCAUGGAUACGUGCAAUAAUGUGUCCAGGAGAUUUUCACUAAUAAAAUAAAGAUUCGUGGAUUUUUCGAUGAAUCGAUGGAUAAUUUCUGCUUGUGUGUGAACGUAGUGUGUUAACGUGAUUCUUUUGUCCUGUAGAAUGUUGUAAUGUUGUUUGUUUUCUUUUUCUUACUUCAUAAAUACAUGUAUUUCAGCCGUGAAUAAGACUUACUGAAAAAAAAACAAAAAAAAAACAAAAAAAAAAAACCACUAAUUUAGAGGGGGAUUUUAGACUGAUGAUUAAGAUGCUUAUCUUCUAAUUUCCUUGCAUGGGACGUACCGGUACGAAAAUGACCUUCACUUCCUUAGCUUCAUGAAGGCAAAGUUUAAUGAGCAUUAAAUUGUUCACACUUCGAGUGCCUAUUGACUCAGAGAUAGUUUGUUUGCACUAAUAACUAUUAUUAGUGCAAAAAAAAGCAAAUAUAUAUAAAAUUAUAUAUGUAAUAUAUAAACAAAUUACCUAUUUGUUUUUAUUUAUAUAUACAAAUAGUCCUUUAUAAAAAAAAUAUAUAAAUAAAUAAUCAAUGAUAGAAACUGUAUUCAAAUAUAUGUGAACAUAAUAUCGAACAUAGCCUAUCAAUGAAAAUAGUAUAGCUGUACACUUGUAUAAACAUAUAUCAUCUUUGUAUAUUACUAUAUAUUUUUAUUCAUAAGAGAAUUUUUGUUUGCCGGUGAAAUGUAAUUUCAUACAUGAAAAUUGCUUGCUGUGAAAAACUAUAUAAAUUAGGCCACACUGCUUGCAUCAUAUGAUUAGGCCUACAUAUUUUGCUAUACUGUAUAUACAUUUUGUUAUUAAUUUCAUAUAUUUAUUUAUUAUUUUUUAUUUUUGGUAUUUCACUACCUUAGAUAAUUACUUUCUAGCAUUUGGUUAAUUUUGUUUAAUUAUAUUGUAUAUAUAAUUAAGUUCGCUUUUGUGUCCCUGCCCACUUAUUUAAUGUAUUGAAUUGUAUUCUGUAUAUGAACACAUUUUUUUGCCGUAUAAAUCUGUGAUGUUGCCUUCGAAAUUGUGAAAAAAAUUAUGAGAAAGUAACCGUCGAAAAAAAAAAUCUUUCAGAUUGAAUGACUAAAUGUCUUGGGUCAGCCUCCGGAAUAGAAAAACUAACAUGAAUGCAAUGAUAAUGAAGGUCAAAUGUUUUUUUGAUACAAUAGAAUGUUUUAGUGUUUUGGUGAUGUGAAUAAAGCUUAUAUUGCUGGGAAGUACUUAA